GCUCCUCCCGCGGGAGGGCGGCCGGGCCCCGCCUGCCCGGCAUGGCGGAGCAGCGCCGCUUCCUCUCGGCCGCCGGGGUGCCGAUCGCGCUGCGGCGGCGCCAGCACAGCGCGUCCUGCCGGGAGCUGGCGGUGCGCGGCCCCCGCCUGCAGCUGCGCUCGCUCAGCGCCGUCACCUCCGCCGUCUGGCUGGCGGCCUACGGGCUCUUCGCGCUCAGCGAGAACAGCAUGGUGCUCUCUGCGGCCAUCUUCAUCACGCUGAUUGGCCUGAUCAUAUACCUGCACUUCGUGAAGAUUGACCAGGAAUCCCUGCUGGUCAUCGGCUCACUCGGCAUUCAGGUGACUUCCUCCUAUGCCUCUGGGAAAGAGAGCACAACCUUCAUUGAGAUGGCUCAAGUGAAGGAUGUGGUUAUCAAUGAAGCCAUCCAUAUGCAAAAAGUUAUCUACUACCUGUGUAUCCUCCUCCAGGACCCUGAAGAUCCUCAGGGAGUAUCUGAGGUUGUGCCACUCUUUCAAAGCUCCAAGCCACGAUUGGACUGCUUGAUAGAAGUGUACAAAAGUUGUCAAGAGAUCCUGGAGCAGAGGAAGACAGUUCCUCAAUCAAAUGAAAUAAAAUAGCUGAAAAAAAGACAGCAAACUUUUAGCAGGACUCAGAGGGACACAUGAAAGAGCAAGCAAAACUGCCCUAUGAGCAGAACUUUUUAGGUUCAGACAGAAUGGUUUUUUUCUUGCCUCUCCAGAAAAGAAGUAUAGGGAAAUAGGGAAAAGGGAGACAAGAAAAUGCAUCCUUUUUUUACUGUUUCAUGCAUCUGACAAUUAUGCUAAAAUUGUAAAAUAACAUUGGCUGGACUAACAUAAGUAUGCAUUCUUUGGUUUUUAUUUAACCUUUUGUUUGAAAAACACUCUAAAUACCAAAGCUGAUGUGUGAGUUCAGAUAGUAACUUCCUGAUGACAGGAGAAUUUCAGGAGGACAAAACCAGAAAAUUAAACUGUUGCAUUCAGUAAUGUUUAAUGAAAUAAACAGAAGAGAUCUGAGGAAGCUGAUUGAUAGUCAAGGAUUGUUUCUUUUGAGAUCAAGAACAGUCCAUCCCAAGGAGAAGGCAGUCAAGCAGAAAUGCCAGGAAGCCUGCAUGGAUGAGCAAGCUGGUCCUGGCAAUGCUUGAACACAAAAAGGAAGUAUAUUGAAGGUGGAAUGAGGGACAGGUAAUUUGGGAGGAAUGUAGCAACACUGUUCAAGAUGUAGUUAGAAAAGCUAAAGCCCAGCUGGCAAUGAAUCAGUUGAAGGAUGUCAAAGGCAACAAGAAUGGUUUCAGUAAGUGUUGCACUACGACACGAAAUAGCUCACACACUCACUCAAGAUGCAAAAGAAGGAAAAGAGAAGUUUUAUUUCUGACUUUGCAAUAUAUAGAAUUCUAAAAGUGACAAUGGAUUGGAGGAUGAAAUUGCUACUUCUCCAACCACACUGGUCAAAUCAACAGUCCAUCAGUUCUCCUCAUAAAGAAGAAUGUAAAACAGUCGCUAUUUACAUGAAGAGUGCAUGAGAACUCCAGUAGAAAUAUGUAAACAUUAGAAGGCAUAGAAAACUUUAAAAAGAACUUUAGAACUUUUAAAAGAACAGGGCAACAAGUAAGUGCUUAAUUAUCAAAAGGAGCACUGGGAAAAUGUGAACCCAUUGCUGAAUGAGACAGGGCCUGGUUGACACAGGACAUGGAAAAGAUGUGGCAUUUAAAGGGCCACAUCAGUUACACUGAGAAUAUGAGGUACAUGUGUUGUUGAAAAUGAUGGUAAUGAGAAUGUGAAUAAAGUUUUAAUGAUCAGUG